AUGAACAACAUUGAAUACUUUCCCCAGAUUCAGGACGAGUCCACGGAACUGAAUGUCGUGGACUCGGACUAUCCCCUCGAUGUCUCGCCAACACAAUUCGCAGAUCCAUCCACGGUGCUAUCUUAUCAUGAAAUGGGUCAAUGGUUUCACCUGGAACAUUUGACGCAGGAAGAUGCUCCUCUUUCUUCUUUCAUGGAUCAACAAGACAUGUUUGGUUUGGGCAUGGACUCUAUGCCCCAGGCCAUCAAUGACCUUUCCAGUAUUGAUUUCUCACCACCAAUGGUAGAGGUGGAUUCGCAUUUUAACUACCCUGAUCCCUCUCUCUUUGUUAUUACAGCUUCUUCGAAUUCACUGUUUAACCUCCCUGAAACCCAGGGUGAAAUAUAUCCGGGAGACAUGUUGCCUUCUGGUUCACUGGAUUUCGACUUCACUCUGUAG